UUUUCAUGAAUUUCCUUGCGUGGUGCAUGCAGUACGGAAAUACCUGUUUGGAAAAUGAUACUGUAAAAGUGUUGAAAGCGGGUGAUAGACACACACAAAGAAGGUGGCAUUGAGGAAACAUCAAUUAAGAGUUGUAGGUGUGUCAUGGUAACAUUUACAUUGUGUUUACACUUGGCCUACACAUUGUUUACACAUGGCUACCGCCUAACCCAACAACGUGACGUCACUAAAACAAUCAUGCUGUACAGGAUGUCUUUACCCAUUUUUACACCUUAAAAGGACGCAAAAGGAGCCCCAAAAUCCCCCUAAGUGGGGUUUACACCGUAGCCACGCCUACCUUAUAAUAUAUAAAUAUGGCCAAAACUCUCGUAAGAUUUGUACCAGCGGGCCCCACGUGCACUUAAGACUGUGCUCCUGAACUACCCACUUCUUGUUCUUUAUUGUCGGCACUGUCUCAGACCCAUUAUGGCUACUCACAGGGUAAUGUAUUUCAGUCUUACGUUAAGUGUUCUAGUUCUACUUAGCCUCGCGGCUUGUAGUCCACGAGAACAAGUUGGCCGGGCGGUUGCUCGCUCGAGAAAACGUCACGUUAACACUCUGUCGAGACUGGUCGGUGGUGCGACGAAACUGGCGGGGAAAGCGCUGGAUGCAAUGCAAUCCCGCCACUAUAUAGAAGAGGCUACUCUGUGUGACUUCACCUUGAAAUCGCUCCCGCGCGAGUCCAAAGUGUUCGCACAGGGUGCAGACGUUCAGAGUCAGCUUACAGCCAUUGUGGACACAUUACUGGCGUACGACAGCUUACUAAAGGCGGUGCGGUACGACGAGCUGACCCUGCAACACCUCAACACUGCCGGGGAGGUGGCCCGGGCUCGGGCAGCAGGCCAGGCCGUGCUGAGGCGGCUCCGACAAACGGCGAAGCAGGAUAUGCACUGUGACAUCAGUUUCCAUGACGACCAGAUGACUACACCCUCGGCCGUACCCAGACCGCAGGACCGCCAACUCCGGGCUGCCAUGGUGAUGUACAAGUACCGAGGGUUCUUAGGGAAACUGGGGGAUUACGUCACAGGGCUGUGUAUGACGUCAUGUGGCAGGUGUGGGGAAUAAGAGCCACUAAGAAUCUCCAAGGAGAUGUUGGGU